UCCUGUGAGCGUCGUGCCCUUUGCCCUUCGCAGAUGCUGGCGCCGGUGUACGACGCGUCGCUGGAGUCGCUGCGCGGCGCGUGCGUGCGCAACCCGUGCGCGGAGGGCGCGGUGCGCGUGCAGGGCGCGGACGGGCGGCUGAGCGCGUGCGUGCCCAUGGACGACCUCGACUGCUCGCUGGCCAGCCUGCCGCUGCUGGCGGCCGACGGUGGCGUGCACGUGCCGCUGUGCGCCGACGCCAAGCGCCACAUCAUCCGCGUCAACUCGCGCCCCACGCGCGACUCGUGCCCCAUCACCGACAACAAGGGCGCGUGCGUGGCGGCCGUGGUGCGCACGCCGCAGCCCUUCGACUGGGGGCUGGAGGACGAGGCCGAGGACAGCGUCGCCUUCCCGUCCGACGCCGCCGCCGCCGACCGGAGUAUUCGUAUUGAGAAAGAAGGAAAAGUUCUCUCCAAACCCGGAAGUGAUGGAACAGAUAAGAAUUCUCGAAAACGACUUUCAGUAUUGACUGAAUGGUCAGUCCCAUAUCCAGUAUACAUGAUGAACAAGCAGAAAUGGAUAAAACAAAUCACCUCUUCAUCAACUUUGAAUAUGCAUCAAAUUUAAUCAUGAAGCUUAAAGACAAACAUACAAUUUUAUUAUUUCAAUAAGAAUGAACUGAUGUUCAUGUCAAAAAAAAUGUGUAUGAGCAUAACCUAGUGCUCUUUCUUAACAUGGUGCUAAUUUUCAACUGAGAGGCGAAAUGUGUAUGAAACAAAUAGUUUCAUUGUAAUUAUUGUUAGAAUGAACAUGCUCUAAGUAAAGAGGUAGCUCUAUAAUAGGUUUACCCACGUAUGAUGGUGAAAACAUCAUACAUAAUACUUAGAAAGUCCUUGACAAGUCAGUGUAUGGUCUAUUUCAUGCAUUGCACUGAAUUUUGUGCAAGAAACUUCUGGUCAAAUGAAUCCAAGAUCCACAAGGUCCAGAUAAUAAAAUAUAGUUUUGGUUCAUGACCAAAACUAACGUGCCCGUUUGUUCAGAGAAUGCUUGGAAGCUUGGAGUUUAUGUUUACUUUGUAAAUGAAAUUGAAAAUAAGUGGAAUGCAAUUUGGCAUUCUGAUCAAUUAAUUAUGACAAACUUCCUUUAAAGGUUGAAAGAACUGCUUGGUAACUUGUCCAACAAUUCCUGAAGAUUUUAAAUAGUUCAAGUGGCUUUAUCUUGUGUAAUAAAUUUUCACCGUCACACAACUGCUUUCCAAAAUAAUGAUAUAUAACAUUUGAAGUUAUUUAAAAAAUGAUGCUCUAUUAAAAUCAUUUUGAUUUUCUUGAAACUAAGCUUUUAAUAAUAGUGAAAAAUAAACUUUGGCAAUCCACAGGACAUACUCGUUUCUUCCUUGUACCAAAGGACAGUUAAAAAUCUACUCACUCAAACUUAAAUAGUUUGCAAGUAAUUUUCAGCAACUUACUCUACAGAUAUGGCCCAUCAAGCUUUGUAAAAUAAAGUGUUGUGAAGUUUUAUUAAUUCUCAUUGAUUCCCUGAUCACCAUUAUUAAACCUGUCAUGUUGAACUAAAUCAAGGGUGGCUUCAGAAAAUAUUUAAGGGAUCUACAUUUAAUUGUAUUUAUUUAUGUAAAACUGUUUAAUUUAUACAUUAGUUUUAAUUUGUAUUUUUAAAUUAAUAAGCAUUUUGAAAGUAAAACCUUUAAAUCAUAUUUUUUAUAAGACUUUCUACUAGGACUAGAUUUUCUACUAGAAAAAAUUGGAUUUAAACUCUGCGGAAACCUUUAAAAUAUUAUACUAUUUUACAAGUACAUUUUUUAUAUUAUUAAAUAAAAUACAAAUACAUAAUUUUGAAGCAUGUUUACAAUUGUUUAAAAAUAUUUUUUAUACCUAUACAUUUUCAAACAGUGGAGGAUGGGUGGCAAGGCCUCUAUCUGGAAAUACUUAUCAUGUAUGUACUCAUCCUAGUACUUUCAUCAUCAGAAUUUUUUGCACAAAUGCAUGUGGGAAGGAGUCCUAUAAAAAUUACAGAAAACUUUGAAUACCGUCUCAAUCCAGGACUAUAAUAUUUGCAGCUCUUAGCCAUUGCAAAAUACAAUUCUUCAUCAAUUUCAGUUUUUUACUGAGUAAAUACAUAAUUUUUAAAGGUUGAAUAAAUGAAUGUAAAUUCAUGGUUUCAAAUGAUUUAAUGUAAAUAUGAUUUUAUAAAUAUACAUUUUUUAAGAUUGAAAUAACUUAACAUGAGUUGACUUGUACUAGCAAAGCCAAUUAUCAAAAAUUCUGCAUGACGAGAAAUAAAAAUCCAUGAAGUCCCUUAGAUAAAUUCAGGUAGAAAAUUGCCAACAAAAAAAGUUUUUGCAAUAAAUAAAUGCCCUAUUUCUUUGGUAUUAAAAUUUGAUACUUACAAUUUUAUAUCAUGAAAUGAAUCUUUCAAAGGGACACAUUGAGAGAAAAAUGUAAGUAGAUACAAAAGUGAGUAGAAUUUAUAACUAAUUGUAAGAAAACACAUUUCUGAAUCCAUAUUUACAAGACAUGUUUUUCAUAACUAUACGAAGUACUAAUGUGACUUCUCGUCACUGUAAUGCUUUUAACCAUGUCUUAAAAUGUCCCUUUGCUUCAUAUUAUAAAUAAAAACAUUUCUCCAAAGGAAGUGAAUAUUCAAUUAAUGUUGCCAACUCCUGAGCAGUAAUAUUUAUUGUCAUGAAACAUGCAAUCAUGAAGUAGUAAAAGCUAGAAGGCACCUCAAUUGUUACAGAAAGAGGAUAAUCAAUGCUUUAACAAUUAAAUUAAUUUAUUAACUUCAGAAGCUUCUUCCGUUCACCUUAACACACAAAAAAGGUGAUGUGAGACAGUAAUUAACAACUGGAAGUCAUAUGGAGCACUCUAUACAGGGAAUAAUUAUUCCUUUAAAAGAAGAAUCAUAGUAUUUCAGUAGCAUGUUUCUUCAAUGUUUGUCACUUUCUACGAAUACUUCAUCUCAAUGUGUCCCUCUUUAACCUCCCAAAUCCCACAUUAAUUUUUUAAAAAUUAUAUUACAAUAAACAUUAAAAAUGUCACCUACAAUAGAAAGACAAGUAUGUUUAUUAAAACAUUUAGAAUAUGUACACUGAAAGGAAAAUAUUAAGGGGAAAAGAUACAGCUUCACUACACCUGUAAAAACUGCCAUAUAAAAAGUGAACGUAAUUUCACAGGAGAGAUUCAGGCCCCAUAAAAGGGAGAAAUUAAAGUGCAGCACAUGGCUGAAUUUUGUCUGCUCAAACGAAACCAUGCAAGAUUAGUAUAUAGUUUUAAGGAACGAUUUAAGUAUGUCGUUUCUUGCUUCUGAACAGACACAUAAUUCUUUAUCAAAAAAAGUUUACAAUUUUACAUGCAAGAGAAUUCAAAAUAAUGAGUAGACAGAGGGUGAGUUGGCAAUUUGCUCAACAGGUGGCAUUCAAAACUCCAGGGGAAAAAAGGCAAAUUAACCAACUGGUGAUUAAUGACCAUCUUUGCUUUUGCAGCAGUCAAAUAAAUUCUGUCAAGGGCAAAUUUAUUAUUUUCCAGCAAGAGACAUUACAUUCUUGAUGGAUGAUCUUUAGCAUCUUUACUGUAAAAUCUGAAAAUGAGGAAGACCGGGCCUUUUUUCAUUUCUAAUACUAUUUUUCCACAAAGAAAUUUAAUAAUUUGCAUUUAACAAGUUGUAAAUUAUCACUUGCACAAUGUUAUCAUUAUGAUCCUGUAUAUUACCUGUUACUUUAUUGAAAGACAGAAAUUACACAAAAAAAUAAGGUCAUAAAACCUCUGGAAUAAAGUUGUCACCCCCUAAGAGGCAUAAACAAUUUCAUUAAUAUUCAAUACUUUGCUAUAAAAAUGUACAUACAUUUAAUUUGAUUUAUAGUUUCCGCACAUCUUCGUAAGUAUUUGGUUGUUAAAAUUCAGAUACUACUGGAAUUCAUAAGAUACAACACACCUCGUACAACAUUGAGAACAGCAAUUUGAUAAAAUAUUAAAAGAAUGAGAAAUACUACAUAUACAGAGAAACUCCAUUUAUACGUUUCGCACUUACACGUUUUCCACGUUUGUAAGUUGUUGUUUUUCUGGCAAGUCCCAGAUAAAUUCCUAUAAUUCCCAUGCUAAAUUAUUUCAGAUAUGCGUUUUACGGUUAUACGUUUUUCACAC